UCAACGUUACAGUGGAGGUCGCCUCUGUAGAUCACUGCUACAGUCGUGUUGAUAAACAGGAGUGAAGAAAAUGUUUUUCCUCCAGAAUGUCUGGCUCUAAUCCAGACUCUCUAGCCAGCUCUGAUUAUCUGAGGAGCAGAAAGAGGAAACACUUAAUGGCAUAUGAAAAUGCAGUGGAACAAGAAUCCUGCGUCUGUGCCAGCAGAGUUAACUUACGUCUCCUGAGUUUUUAGCCUGAGCUGAAGAUCAAAUCUGUCAUCAGCGCAAACCAACCGAGCUGAGGAGCAGAAGACGGAGCUGUCGGGCUGGAAAAGAUCUGCGACAGAACAGAAAGUAUGAAGAAGUGACGUCUCCUCUAACAUCUGUUCCCAGAAAAUAACCCAACGACAGGACCGGCACGUGUCUGAGGCCGCAGCAGACGGCGCUUCAUUCAGAGCUUCAACCCAAACCGCCGUGAUCCGAUUCAAACUGAGUCUUUUCAUGUGUCGGGACUGUGAUGGUCAUCUGAGAUCAAGAAAGAGGAGGGAGAACUGAUCCCACACUUCGAUUUGAGGAUCUGAAACGACGUCCAGCAACCUCAACUUUCAUCAAGUCGACGACUUCAGAUCAGACUUCAGCUGGACGGUUGUGAAGGAAAAACAGAAAAAUGGAAGACGAGCUGGUACCAAGUCUGACAUCUUUCCUCCGCCUCUACAGCCGACGAAGAGGUGGACGAAGAGAUCGUCUUCAGUCGAGCUCGGCGCUGACAGCUGCUCAGCCUCGCGGCGAUGUUUCUGAGACUAAGACGUUUGAGGCCCUGUUAGUUUUGUCUGGAGGAGUUGUUGGUGCAACAUGUGGGGCUGUUUUUGGUGGAGUAUUUGGGGCGUUGGGCAGUUUUGGCGCAGCAGUUUACAGGGAUGUGCAUGUCAGCUUCUUUGGCUUCUUCGGCAGCGUCUGUGGCGGCGUGGUCGGCGGCGUGGUCGGCGGGACUGUUGGCAGUAUGGUCUGCACCGUGGCAGAAGCAGAAGGCGGUCCAGUCAACGGCCUCGCCAGCGAUGUUGUGUGGCUCACCAUCGGCUUCGCAACAGGCGGUGCAAUUGGUAGCGUUUUUGGAGGGGCUGUUGGUGGACUAGGCGGUGGCGUAGGCGGUGCCUUGGGGGCGUUUUGCGCCACGAAAUGUGUGGUCAGUUCAGUUGGAGCCGUAACUCGUUAUCGUAAAACCAAAGAUUCAAAAGAGCAGGAAAUCAAGGCGAAGAAGGUGAACAUGAUGGUGGAGACAGCAGGUUUCAGGGAAGCCGUCACGCCGCUGAUGGAGGAGCUGAUCAAAACCACCUGUGACAAAAUGGCCUCCGAUGGCGUCGUGCAGGGUGCAGCCAGAGAGGCCGCGGAGUCUCUGACUGCUGCUCUCGGCUGAAUUUUUCUUCAGACAUUUGCACAAUGACGCAUAAAUCAUCGUUGAUCAAAAAAUAAUUGUCUUAGUGUCACAACUGGAGGAGCAGGUAUCCUGUAACUGCACUGUGAUGUGUUAGUAUUAUUAUGGUGUUGUGUAACUGUACUCU